AGGCAGAUGAAACUAACAGGAGAGACAUGUAUCUGUUGACUGUAUAUGUUCUAGGUAUUGUACAAGCAGGUUGCAAGCAAGUGUAGUUGCAGCGAGAUAGCAGCAUGCAGCUCCUGGGGAUCAGUGUCGUGCUACUUCUCAUCUCUGGUGCCAUAGCUCAGAAUACUUCCCUGGCGGAUGGGGUUCUUACUCCACUUAGUACAUCUGCGAUAAUCGCAUUUCCAGCAUGCAAUUACUCAGGACUUUCUGUUUUUCUGAUCGUAAAAAACAGCACAGUUACUGUACAAAAUGUUUCCUUCCAAGUACCACAAUGCCGCCUUAAACGUGAUGUUGUUGUAGUUAAUAAUUUACAGUCUGGUAAUGUGCAGACUGUCAAUGUGGGAUACCAGCUCCAAAACCUACAGCCAGGUACCAUCUACACGGCAUACUAUUCAUAUGGUGAAAACACAAUUCCAUCCACUCAAUUUUCCACAAGAACAGUGUCUCAAACUGUCCCUGAUAUCAUGGCUCGAAGUGGAGGCAUGGUGGUGAUCACUGUCUUGUUAAGCAUUGCAAUGUUUGUGCUCGUGGUUGGACUAAUCGCUGUUAUUGUUACUGGAAGGAAAUGAGAACAGAAAUCGGAUGGCCUUGGAGAACAGUCUGCUCACUAAUUGUCUGUCCUUUUUGAUGGAACAUGUAACUUUUUAAACAAAUAAUUUUAUGUUGCUCUUACUGUAUUUGAAGUUUUGAACAUCAUAUAGAAUAGUAUUCUAAUGCAUGCUCAUCUUGAGCAAUAGAAAACCCAGACUAUUUUGUGUAUAGUUUUUUACCAUGAUUUUCAUUGGAUUGGGCUCUCCACCAUGUGCCACUGUGCUGAGAGGGUGGCCGAGUAGGAUGGUAUGGUGUUUUGGCCUACAGAGUAUCAAUUUACUGCCAUUAAUGUGAGGAUUUUUAAUAAUGUAUAGAAACUGUUAACAAGGUUAAUUUGACCAGUGGUUUAUUUUUAAUAAAUGCUUAUCAAGAUUACUCUACCCAUAACAUAUAGCAAUAGCAAAUAAUGCCUCUUGAUUGCCAGUCCUUAUAUACUCACAACACAAAAUGGUAAUUAUGACACUACAGUAAUAAAUAUAUCAGUUUGCUAAAACUUUAAGGCAAAACUAAUAAAGCAUUAUGGCAUUUA